AUGGGCUGCUGCAACUCCGCCUCCUCCGCCGCCGCGCAGAGUUCCAAACGAGAAUGGAAGCCCCUGGAGGAUCGUAGCUGCACAGACCUACCAUGGCUGCUGAUUUUUCUCCUCUUCUGCAUUGGGAUGGGAUUUAUUUGUGGCUUUUCAGUAGCAACAGGUGCAGCAGCGAGACUAGUGUCAGGAUACGACAGCUAUGGAAAUAUCUGUGGGCAGAAAAAUGCAGAGUUGGAAUCAAUACCAAACAGUGGCAUGGACCACACCCAUCGGAAGUAUGUGUUCUUUUUGGAUCCGUGCAAUCUGGACUUGAUCAACCGGAAGAUCAAGUCUGAAGCGCUGUGCGUAGCAGCAUGUCCAAGACAAGAGCUGAAAACCCUGAGUGACGUUCAGAAGUUUGCAGAGACGAAUGGCUCAGCACUUUGUCACUACCAGCUAAAGCCUUCUGAAUAUACAUCUGCAAAAGCGUCUUCUCUGUGCCCCAAACUACCAGUUCCAGCGAGUGCACCUAUUCCAUUCUUCCAUCGCUGUGCUCCUGUGAACAUUUCCUGCUAUGCCAAGUUUGCAGAGGCCCUGAUCACCUUUGUCAGUGACAAUAGUGUCUUACACAGGCUGAUUAGUGGAGUAAUGGCCAGCAAGGAAAUUAUAUUGGGACUUUGCUUGUUAUCACUAGUUCUAUCCAUGAUUUUGAUGGUGAUAAUCAGGUAUAUAUCAAGAGUACUUGUGUGGAUCGUGACAAUUCUGGUCAUCCUGGGGUCACUUGGUGGCACAGGUGUACUAUGGUGGCUAUAUGCAAAACAAAGGAAGUCUCCCAAAGAAUCAAUUAUUCCUGAGCAGCUUCAGAUAGCUGAAGACAAUCUUCGGGCCCUACUCAUCUAUGCCAUUUCAGCUACAGUGUUCACAGUUAUCUUGUUCCUGAUCAUGUUGUUUAUGCGCAAACGCAUUGCUCUCACCAUCGCCUUGUUCCACGUGGCAGGCAAGGUCUUCAUUCACUUGCCACUGCUAGUCUUCCAACCCUUUUGGACUUUCUUUGCUUUGGUCCUGUUUUGGGCGUAUUGGAUCAUGACACUUCUUUUUCUUGGCACUACUGGCAGCGCUGUGAAGAAUGACCGAGGCUUUGUGGAGUUCAAGGUCUCUGGGCCUCUGCAGUACAUGUGGUGGUACCAUGUGGUGGGCCUGAUUUGGAUCAGUGAAUUCAUUCUGGCCUGUCAGCAGAUGACUGUGGCUGGAGCAGUGGUGACAUACUAUUUUACUAGGGACAAGAGGAAUUUGCCAUUUACACCUAUUUUGGCAUCAGUGAAUCGCCUUGUCCGUUACCACCUUGGUACUGUGGCCAAAGGAUCUUUCAUCAUCACAUUAGUCAAGAUUCCACGAAUGAUCCUUAUGUACAUUCACAGUCAGCUGAAGGGAAAGGAAAAUGCCUGUGCUCGAUGUGUGUUGAAAUCUUGCAUUUGUUGCCUUUGGUGUCUUGAAAAGUGCCUCAAUUAUUUAAAUCAGAAUGCAUACACAGCCACCGCUAUCAACAGCACCAACUUCUGCACCUCAGCGAAAGACGCCUUUGUCAUUCUCGUGGAGAAUGCUUUGCGAGUGGCUGCCAUCAACACAGUCGGGGAUUUCAUGUUAUUCCUAGGCAAGGUGCUGAUAGUCUGCAGCACGGGCUUGGCUGGGAUUAUGCUGCUCAACUACCAGCAAGAUUACACAGUCUGGGUGCUGCCUCUCAUCAUCGUCUGCCUCUUUGCUUUCCUAGUCGCUCAUUGCUUCCUGUCCAUUUAUGAAAUGGUAGUGGAUGUGUUAUUCUUGUGUUUUGCCAUUGAUACAAAAUACAAUGAUGGGAGCCCUGGCAGAGAAUUCUAUAUGGAUAAAGUACUGAUGGAGUUUGUGGAAAACAGUAGGAAAGCAAUGAAGGAAGCUGGUAAGGGAGGCGCUGCCGACGCCAGAGAGCUGAAACCGAUGAUGAAGAAAAGGUGA